CGGCUAUAUAAAACACGGAGAAACGCCCCGUCUCCGCACCGCAAGACCACGGCUGGAAAGAACCGAAGAAAGGAAGACAUCCUCCGAUAUCUUAUUGCUGUUGCAGAGCAUAGGGAAGAUGACGAUGAUUGCGUUGUGGGCUGCUGCCUGCGGCCUGGUACUCUUCUGCUCGUCGCGCUCGGGAGUGGAAGGGAUCGGCGUGAACUACGGCCUGAUCGGCGACAACCUCCCGUCCCCGGACAAGGUGGUGUCCCUGUACAUCGCGCACAACAUCACCGACGUCCGCCUCUUCCACCCGGACACGGCCGUCCUGGACGCGCUCCGGGGUUCCGGCCUGGGCGUCGUCCUCGGCACGCUCAACUCCGACCUGGCCCCGCUCGCCUCCGACGCCUCCUACGCCGCGUCCUGGGUCGCCUCCUAUGUCGCCCCCUACGCCUCCUCCGUGCGGUUCCGCUACAUCAACGCCGGGAACGAGGUCGUCCCGGGGGAAGGCUCCGAACACAUCCUCGAGGCCAUCAAGAACCUCGAGUCGGCGCUCUCGGCAGCCGGGCUCGGGAACGGCGACGGCCCCGUGCGCGUCACGACGGCCGUGGCCACGUCCGUGCUGGGCGCGUCGUUCCCGCCCUCCCACGGCGCGUUCUCCGAUGCUGCGAUGCCGGUGAUGGCGCCCCUCGUAUCGUACCUGGCGGAGCGGGGCUCGCCGCUGCUGGUGAACGCGUACCCGUACUUCGCCUACGCGGCGGACCCGGCCUCCGUGCCGCUGGACUACGCGCUCCUGUCGCCGUCGGCCGCGCCGGCCGUCACGGACGACGACGGGGUGCAGUAUGUUAACAUGUUCGACGCCAUCGUGGACGCGGUGCACGCGGCAGUGGAGAAGGUGACUGGGAGCGGGCAAGGGGUGGAGCUGGUGGUGUCGGAGACCGGGUGGCCGUCGGGGGGAGGAGGGUACGGGGCAAGCGUGGAGAACGCGGCGGCGUACAUGAACAACCUGGUGAGGCACGUCGGGUCCGGGACGCCGCGGAGGCCCGGGAAGGCCGUGGAGACGUACAUCUUCGCCAUGUUCAACGAGAACCAGAAGCCAGAGGGCGUGGAGCGCUACUUCGGCCUCUUCCAGCCGGACAUGACCGAGGUCUACCACGUCGACUUCUGAUGAUCUCUCGGGCUCUCGGCCGCUUCUUCCUCGUAGCUAGAGGACGUACGUACGUUGGAUGUGAUUUGGGACACGCGUUUAUUAUAUUGUUUGAUGAUCGAUCGAUCGAUCGUCUGUUAGUUAGGAGAUUUCUCAGUUUGAUGAUUGAACUUACGUUACGUUGUCUGAUUCUGACAUACUUUAUACCGUUUGAUUCGACCACUUGUUCAGAAAUUCGGUUC